AUGGAUCAUGUAGACGGUCUUGAAAUGCUGGAGAAAAAAGAUUAUGUGUUUGAUAAACAAAAAUGGGGAAGAGGAAAAUCCAAAGAAUUGGCUAGGGGAAAUAACAAAAGGGCUAGGAAAAUUGAUGCUGUUGACAAGACGUUGGAUGAGAUCAAUGAACAGAUUGAGAACAUGAGAAUGAUUCAGGAAGCCUUGUCAGCUCCAAUUGGUGAAGCUGCUUAUUUUGAUGAGGAUGAAUUGGAAGCAGAACUAGAAGAACUGGAGGCUGCUGAGUUUCAUCCAGCAACUACAGCUCCUGCAGCCACAUUGCUGGUCCCGGCCCGGCGACCACCUACUCGCCCUGUUCCUGUGGAAGAUGAAUUGGCAGCUUUGCAGGCUGAGUUGGCAAUUUGA